UUCUAAUUACAAACCAUACGACUAAAGUCACUGAACUGCAUAAAACCAAAACCAAAAUAUCAUAAAACCCCUAGAAAUUCACCUCCCAAAAUCAAAAAUGUCAGAUUACAUACCUUUCGAAAUCCAAGUGCAAAUCAUCAAAAGACUACCCGUGAAGUCAUUACUUCAAUUCAGAUCUGUCUCAAAACAAUGGAAGUCUUUGAUCGACAGCUCCGAGUUUAUUGCUGGUUACAGAUUCCGCCAGACUCAUCCACAACGUCUGCUUCUAUGGUACAAAGAUCCAGUAGACUUGAAGCAAAAUUACGUUUCGUUUCUCGAUGAUGACGCUUUCGCCCAACAAGAGCUUGCUCCGACUGUUCCUCCUAUGCUCCCUGAACAUUUAUUUAGAUCGGAAGCGCCCCGGAGCUCUCAGGGAUUGGUGUGUUUGUCUGGUUUUUAUGAAUAUCCAGUCGCUCCUCUUUGUAAAAUUAGAACAAAGAUGAUUGUUCUUUUGAAUCCUUCGAUUAGAAAAUCAGUCUUAAUACCUUUCCCAGGUUUUCUAAAUUUCGAAAUUGUUGAUGGUUUUGGGGUUUGUCCUAUCACUAAUGACCCUACGAUUGUGAAGAUUAAAAAUGUUUGUACGGAUCUUGGAACAAAAGUUAGCUCUCCCAUAGUCGAGGUUUUUAAAUUGAGCACAGGUUGUUGGAGAAGUUUUUGUAGCAAUCUGCCUAAGAAAUCAAUUCACUUUAUGUCGCCUAAUGUAGCUAUCGAUAGUUAUAUUUAUUGGGUUGCUUUUGAUAAUGAUUUUUUAGAUAAUGAUUCUCAGAUACUAAAACCGCUGAUUAUUUCAUUUCAUAUGACUACCGAAGAAUUUAGAGUGAUAGACCUACCAAAUACUUUAGCAUAUGAAAUCGAUGAAGAAUUUAGAGUGAUAGACCUAACAGAUAGUUUACCAUAUGCUUCGCUUUCCCUCUCUAAGCUACGUGACUCUCUUGCUGUGCUUAAAUACGUUACACGCAAUGAUCCUGGAACACAAAGUGAAUUUGAAGUUUGUGAUGUAUGGAUUAUGGAUAAUGAUGUUCUGCAUUCUUUUACAAAGCUAUAUACCAUUAACCCACGAUAUGAUAUAAUAAGGAUUUUGGGAUUUACAAAUAGUGGUGAACCUAUGAUGGAAGUACUCAAAACACAAAGUAUUUUGGGAUCUUGGGGAUGUCACACAGAACCAGCUUCAGUUGUCGUGUAUGAACCUAACUCAAAACGGAUCAGAGAUAUUGGGAUUCGUGCAGAAUAUGCUUCAUCACUUGUUAGCUCGUAUAUGGAAACACUACUGCUGCUUGAUCAAUCAAAUUGUAAUGUUUCACUAUGGCCAGAUCAGAUUGCCAGAGGUGUCGCGUAUACGGGAUUAGUUGUGUUGUGAAGCAGGAAAGAAGGGAAGACAAUGUGAUAUUAUGAUAUCUUGUAUUCUCAUGACAUGAUGGAGGGAUGUGCUUGUAACUUGUAAGGUAGGAUAAACCACUUAUAUUUCUUGUAUGUGUUCAUCAAUGCCCUAAUGUGGAAAUGUGUAAUCUUACAGUUUCUCAAAUACAUGUAACAGAUGUAUGUUGCAUUGAUGGAGGCCUCAAUUAGCUCUUUCAUCAUUUAGAUAUUUGUUCACAUUACACAUCGACAAUUGUGUAGGAUUCAUAGCUUUGCUAAAUGUUUGAAUAUGUCUAAGUAAUGAUUUUUCACAUGAA